UUUGAGGACGCGGGGCGGACGGACGGACGGACGGACGUCCUGCUGCGCGGCGGGAGGCGCAUGGCGGGGAUGGCGCUGGCGCGGGCCUGGAAGCAGAUGUCGUGGUUCUACUACCAGUACCUGCUGGUCACGGCGCUGUACAUGCUGGAGCCCUGGGAGCGGACCGUGUUCAAUUCGAUGCUGGUCUCCGUCGUGGGCAUGGCGCUGUACACUGGCUAUGUCUUCAUGCCCCAACACAUCAUGGCAAUACUACACUACUUUGAAAUUGUACAGUGACGAAGAUGUGGCCAGGAUCAGAGGUUCCUGGGGAAGACCCACCCGAUGAAGUUGGAGUGAGACGUCAUCAGAUAAGAAACUACUGGCUGUCAACACAACCACCCUUACCCAUACAAAGACUAGGCUCCAUGAGGGGAGCAGGAGAACCAUUCUGACUCAUGUAUCGUAUUCUUUAUUUUUAAUUUUACAAGAGGCUCUUCUACAGUAGUUUUUGUCUAUUUUAACAUUGUAGUCAUUUGUACUUUGAUAUCAGUAUUUUCUUAACCUUUGUGACUGUUUCAAUAAGACCCUGUGAAAGCUUUUCUUAAUGUCACUUUGAGUACAUCUUAAUUGCCUUCUAUUUUUAAGACCCCAGGUCAUUAGUUGGGCUUUACUGUUCUUGCUAUUGUAUGGCAUAUACAGCUGCCUGGACAUAUUUCUACUCUUGACCAAAGUUUUGUAAGAAACAAUACAAGAUUUGGGGAGGGGGAGGGAAGACAUUUUAUUGAGAACUAUGUACACAAGACUUCUCUGUAAGCUUGAACUCAGGAGGACAUUAGCUAUCUAGCCUCUUAACAGCUUUUGCUCUAAAACUACUAACAUGUUUCUUAGUCUGGAAGAAGUAAAGAUCUUGCUAAAAUUAAUAUAAAGAACAUUUCAUCUUUUAAAUAUUUAAUUCUUAUGUGGAUUUAUUUCCAGAAAACUUAAGUGGUGAUUCUUGUGCCAGUGGGUGCUUGGUUAAGUGGCAUUAUUCUGUAAUGCUUAGAUACACUGUAGACUUUUUAAUAGAAGGCAAAUCAGUUUCCUGUAAGGCACUGUUAACAGUGUAUGUACUUAAAAUUUAAUUUUAUGAUUGUAACAGGUGCUGUAGAUGCAUUUGCACAUUGUGAUGGAUGUGAUGAAAUGAAUUGUUAAAUCUGUAGCAAAAAGAAGUAUAAUCUUGGUUAAAAUCCUUUCACUCUUUGUAUUUUUAAAAGAUUUUUAUUUCUUAGAUGUAAAAUGACUACCUAAUUUUUAAUGUAAGCUCAUUAAAUUCAAAGAGAAAAAAUUA